UUAAGCUCUGUGGUGGGGAGAGUUUUCUUCGGACUGUUCAACCCGGCUAGAAAUGGGUGCCCCUGUCGCAAAUGAGCCGAGCCGCUUCCAUCUGUCUCCUUCCCUCUUCCUUCUUCACGCCGGCACCACCAUUUCCUCGUCUCCUCCGUCGUCCGCCUCUGCCGUGUGCCCCCGGUCGCUGCUGCUUGCCCAUAACUUCCGACCGGCGCUGCUUCGCCCGUCUCGGAGCAGCACUGCUCCUCCGCCGUUCGCCUCCCCCUCCGCCCGUCGCUGUUCCUGCUCAUCUUCCCUGCUCCUGCUUUCUUCCACACCCGCGUCUCGAGCUCGAGCUCUAGAAACUAGCUCACAGAGCCGAGCCUGAGCUCAGCGAAACUCGGCUCGGCUCGGCUCUGUUCGAUUGCAACCCCUUGCCACACAAAUCAGUACCCGACCCGUCGAUUUCAUUCAAAUUUCCCACGCUGCUGCUAUAGCUUCCAUAGGGCGCGUAGUAUGCUCCGCUUGUUAGUGCCUCCAAAGCUACGACACUCUCGACGACGUUGCCUCCUUUCCUAUUUCUCCUUCUCGACAGUCGCUUUCUCCACCCAUAUUCUCAAACAAUGCAACUCUCUCGUCGAUGCGAAGCGCGUCCACCAGCAGAUCGCAGUACGAGGCCUCGCCGAUCCCGCCGCAUUCACCCUGCUUGUUGGCACUUACAUAUCCUGCGACGCUCCGUCCCACGCCCUCGCCGUGCUCGAGCGCCUUCCGCCGUCGCCGCCCGCCGUGUUCUGGUGGAACGCUCUCAUUCGGCGAGCCGUCCGCCUCGGUUUUCUCGACGAUGUGUUGAGUCUCUUUCGCCGGAUGCGCAGGCUCGGGUGGAGGCCCGAUGGCUACACCUUUCCCUUCGUUCUCAAGGCUUGCGGCGAGCUACCUUCGUUCCGUCGUGGCGCUUCGGUCCACGCUGUUGUGUGUGCGGUAGGGUUUGAAUUCAACGUGUUUGUUUGCAAUGCCGUUGUUGCGAUGUAUGGUAGGUGCGGUGCUUUGGACGAUGCUCGGCAGACGUUUGAUGAAAUGUCAAGGAGACGUAUCGACGAUUUGGUGUCGUGGAAUUCGAUUGUGGCUGCUUACAUGCAGAAUGGGGAUCCGAGGAUGGCACUGGAGAUGUUUGAUCGGAUGAAUGUGGAAAGAAACUUCGGAUUCUGUGCUGAUGCGGUUAGCCUUGUUAAUAUCCUUCCUGCUUGUGCUUCAGUUGGGGCGAGUGUUCAGGGUAAGGAGGUUCAUGGGUAUUCACUUCGAAAUGGCUUGUUUGAGGAUGUGUUUGUGGGAAACGCCAUAGUAGAUAUGUAUGCAAAGUGUGGAUUGAUGGAUGAGGCAAACAAAGUUUUCCAGCGAAUGGAGGUGAAGGACGUGGUUUCUUGGAAUGCAAUGGUGACUGGGUAUUCGCAGAUUGGAAGGUGUGAGGAAGCUCUCAGUUUAUUUGAGAGAAUGCAGAAGGAGGAUAUUAAGUUGAAUGUUGUGACAUGGAGUGCUGUAAUUGCAGGUUAUGCACAGAGGGAUCAUGGUUAUGAGGCCAUCAAUGUUUUUCAGCAAAUGCAACUUAGUGGGUUGGAGCCUAAUGUUGUUACCCUUGUGUCCCUUCUAUCGGGGUGUGCCUCUGUAGGAGCAUUGCUUCAAGGGAAGGAAACCCAUUGUUAUGCCAUAAAGCGCAUCCUUAAUUUUGAUGGCAGUGAUCCUGGUGAUGAUCUGAUGGUUAUCAAUGGCCUAAUUGACAUGUAUUGUAAAUGCAAGAGUACCAAAGUUGCUUGCAGUGUUUUUGAUUCCAUAGCACCAAAGAAUAGGAAUGUUGUGACCUGGACUGUUUUGAUUGGUGGGUAUGCUCAGCAAGGGGAUGCCAAUGAGGCGUUGAAACUUUUCUCCAGCAUGAUAAAGCAGGAUAACUCUGUGGUGCCAAAUUCAUUUACCAUAUCAUGCAUUCUAAUGGCUUGUGCUCGCCUAGCAGCAUUGAGACUUGGUAGACAAGUCCAUGCUUAUGUAUUACGCAAUAGUUAUGAUUCUAUGAAGCUUUUUGUAGCAAACUGCUUAAUAGACAUGUAUGCCAAAUCUGGAGAUGUUGAUGCUGCCCGAAUUAUAUUUGAUAACAUGUCUCAUAGGAAUGCUGUAUCGUGGACAUCCUUAAUGACAGGGUAUGGCUUGCAUGGUCAUGGUGAGGAGGCUCUCCACAUUUUUGACCAGAUGAGGAGGGUGUGUCUGGUGCCUGACGGUGUAACUUUUGUUGUGCUACUCUAUGCUUGCAGUCACUCUGGAAUGGUGGACCAGGGAAUGAAGUACUUCAACAGCAUGAGCACAGAACAUGGGGUUCUUCCUGGAGUAGAACACUAUGCUUGUGCAGUUGACCUUUUGGGUCGUGCUGGUCGGUUGGAUGAAGCUAUGGAACUGAUAGAAGGCAUGCCAAUGGAGCCAAGCCCAGUAGUAUGGGUGGCAUUAUUAAGUGCUUGCCGGACCCAUGCCAAUGUGGAACUAGGGGAAUAUGCUGCAAAUAAAUUGUUAGAAUUGGACUCAGAGAAUGAUGGAUCAUAUACUCUACUUUCGAACUUAUAUGCCAAUGCCAGGCAAUGGAAAGAUGUGGCUAGAAUCAGAUCUUUGAUGAAAUAUACAGGGAUCAAGAAGAGGCCCGGCUGCAGUUGGGUCCAAGGAAGAAAGGGCACAGCAGCUUUUUAUGUUGGGGAUCGAUCCCAUCCAUUGUCUCAACAAAUACAUGAUGUCCUUGCUGACUUGAUUCACCGCAUCAAAGGCAUGGGCUAUGUUCCUGAAACAAGCUUUGCUUUACAUGAUGUAGAUGACGAGGAGAAACACGAUCUUCUUCUUGAACAUAGUGAAAAGUUAGCUCUUGCCUAUGGCAUCCUCACAUCUCCUCCUGGGAUUCCCAUCAGGAUCACCAAGAAUUUACGUGUCUGUGGUGAUUGCCAUAGUGCCAUUUCCUACAUUUCUAGAAUUGUUGACCAUGAAAUUAUACUCAGGGAUUCAAGUCGCUUUCAUCAUUUCAAGAAUGGAUCUUGCUCUUGCCAAGGGUAUUGGUGAAGAGAAAAUUAAUUUGACUGCUUGAUUUUGUGGAUGGGCCAAUAACUUGUCGACCCAAUCUUCUGCCUUGGUUAUUCCUGUUCAUCAACAGCCACAGGAAGGAUGUUCUAUAUUUUCUGCAUCAUAAAUGUUGAUAUAUACAAGAAUCAUCUUUUACAGCUGUUGUUGGCACUCAACCGGCAGUCAUGUAAUUCACCUCUGACUGUUUGCAGGCCCCUUUAUGUCUCAGUGGCUGACCCUGCUGUUAGCAGUGCUUCCCGAGACAUGUUUCAGAGACAGCUGCAGAUGAUCAAGACUUGGCAGUUGGCAAUUGCUUAUCCUUCACUUCUUGUUCAUUUAUUUAUGGUUGUAACUUGUAUACCACACACACUCCCUCCCUCUCUCUUAAUAAGUGAUAUUGUUAUAAAAGAAAAAUCACGUAGAGGUGGAAACUCGUUCAAGAGGUGGAAAACACAUGAUCAUCUCUCUAGGUCCGAGUAGUGUGUUGUAUAUUUUAUUUAAUCCAGGAUACAGCGACCUCAUAAAAGGAAGGGGCUGGAAGUGCGGUGCAAUCGGUGGGAAGGUGGUCCCAUGGAGGAAGUACCCAUUUUUGGCAAGAUGGGGAGAGAAAAGGAUUGAAUUACUCUUCAGGCAAAAAUAUAUACUUAAAUAAGUGGAGUAAAAACCAAAAUGAAAAAUAAAAACAGAAGGGAUGCAGAUGUAUAAGAUGGGAAAGAGACGGCAUUGAGAUUGAUGAUGAUAGUGAUGAUGCAAUUCAGAUCGUGAUUUAUCAACCAAUUAUGGGGUGGACAGAUUCGAUCGGUUGAGGCGCCUUACUGGGUGGCUAUGUAAUGUUGGGUGUAUUGAGUAAGGAUAAUGCUGAGAUGAAGGCGCGUCCGACUUUGUGAUGUUUCAGGGGUAUAUGUGUAAUUGUAUCAAGGGAUAUAUGUGUAAUUUUAAGCCACAUUGUCGACCAGAUUGGCUAUGUAGCAUUGUCCAUUGAGUAAACCCUGCCGUCUGAUGUUACCCCUUUCCUGAAUUAACUAAUCUGAACCAGUUGUUUUGUUUACUUUUUUUGGUUUCCACUC